AUGCAUGUUGGUGCUCCUCAAGGUUCUGUAUUAGCUGCCGCGUUGUUUCGAUUGCACGUUCACUUUCUUCCAUCAUUCUUCUUCGGUUUAUCUGUUCAUAUGUUCGCAGAUGACCUCGCGAUUGUCUUAACGGGGUCUCUUGAAAAACGCCUCUCUCUUAACAUAAGUGAUCUCGAAAUGCGUGCAAAAGACGUCAUGAAACAACUUGAACUUUUCUCAACCAAUUCGCUUCUACCGGUAAAUACAAACAAAACAAAAGCACUCUUAGUACACAGCGCAGUAUCACCUAGCUAUCCAAAAAUCAAUUACAAACAACAAAGCAUCGAAUACUUCAAUUGUUUGAAAUAUCUUGGCGUCUACACAUAA